AUUUAAUCUGGUUCCCUGUUCCAUUAUGGUACAUUUUAGAAGUGCGCAGGGGGCCAGUCUACGGAAAAAUGCUGAAUUGACGGAAAGGACCGAAGUAUUACGAAUGUAUUAAAAACAAACAUGGCGGACGAAAUUGAGGUAUUUCAGAAAAAUGACCUACCAAAUUUGGCUUUUCCAGUCUUUGAAGAAAUAAGGAGACAAGGGAAAUUAUGCGAUGUUACAUUAAAGGUGGGUGAUCGGAAGUUUAGAGCUCACAGAAUCAUAUUGGCAUCAAGCAUUCCAUACUUCCAUGCAAUGUUCACACAUGAUAUGGUUGAAUCAAAACAAGAUGAGAUCAGUAUGCAGGGAAUUGAUCCAAAUGCCUUAGAAGCAUUGGUAAACUUUGCAUAUAAUGGUAGAGUUGAGAUAGAUCAAAACUGUGUACAGUGUCUCCUGAUAGCAGCCAGCUUUCUACAUCUACAAUCAGUCAAAGAUGCUUGCUGUGAAUUCCUGGAGAAAAGGCUUCAUCCACAGAACUGUCUUGGUGUACGGUCAUUUGCUGACCAAUACAUGUGUACCAAUCUUGUAGAAGCCUGUAAUAAAUAUAUCCAGAAACAUUUCAAAGAAGUGGGCAAAUCAGAGGAAUAUAUGAAUCUCUCAAAAAAUGAUGUUGUAGAAAUACUGUCACGUGAUGAACUUAAUGUAAAUUCUGAGGAACAGGUUUAUGAAGCAGCAUUAAAGUGGGUAAAGAAAGAUGUAUAUAAUAGACAAGAAUUUCUGCCAGAACUGAUUGCCAAAGUGAGACUGCCCCUUCUCACCCCACAGUAUCUAAGUGACAGGGUUGCCUCUGAGGAACUUGUAAAAUCAGAUCAUAAAUGCAGGGACUUAUUAGAUGUUGCCAGAGAUUAUCACUUGAUGCCAGAAAGACGUCAUCUGUUGCAGACAUUUAAAGCUCGACCUAGAUGCUGUACUGAUAUUCCAGGCAUGAUAUAUGCUGUUGGUGGUCUUACAUCCUCAGGUGAUUCACUAAGUGCUGUAGAGUGUUAUGAUCCGUUAGUAAGUCGCUGGAUGGUGGCAGAAGCUAUGAGUACAACAAGGAGCAGGGUCGGUGUAGCUGUUCUCAAUGGAAUGCUGCAUGCUAUAGGAGGGUAUGAUGGUCAGGACAGGUUGAGUACGGUAGAAGUGUUUGAACAAGACGCUAAACGAUGGAAAAAAGUUGCUUCCAUGAAUUGUAAAAGAAGUGCCCUAGGAGCUGCUGCAUUGAAUAAGAAGUUGUAUGUUCUUGGUGGUUAUGAUGGAGUUACUUCCCUUAGAUCAGUAGAAGUAUAUGACCCAGAAACAAAUGUCUGGACAUUAUUGUCUAAUAUGUUGAAGCAUAGAAGUGCUGCAGGAGUUACUGUCCUUGAUGGGGAGAUUUAUGCUUGUGGAGGGCAUGAUGGUCUGUCCAUAUUUGAUUCUGUUGAAUGUUAUAACACAUCUACCAACUCAUGGAGAUAUUUGCCGUCUAUGACAUCAAAGCGUUGUAGACUGGGCGUGGCAUCACUAAAUGGCAAACUUUACGCUGCCGGAGGUUACGAUGGCUCCGUGUUCUUAAAGUCAGUAGAAUGUUACGAUCCUAUAACAAAAAGCUGGUCACCAGUCAAAGACAUGAAUGUUAAAAGAAGCAGAGUUGCCCUGGUUUCAACAUACGGGAAAAUCUAUGCAAUAGGUGGCUAUGAUGGGGCUGGUAAUCUAAGUUCUGUUGAAAUGUAUGAUCCAGAAAAAGAUACGUGGACAUUUGUGAAGCCUAUGUCAGUGCACGAAGGUGGUGUGGGUGUAGGGGUUGUGCCUGUAGAACCAGAAAUAUAAAAUGGUGAUAAAUACAGGUAUCAGAAUAUUUUGUUGCAAGGAAAGACAGGAAUUGUGUAUUGAAAUAACAAAUACCGAUACAUGUACCAGGUUUGUUUUUUUUUUUUGGAAAAGAUUCUGUGUACACAGACCUUAAAUUGUGAAAAGUUAAAUUUAUUUAUUUCUGGUAGAGUUUUGUGUAUGAUAACAAAUAAAUAUUGAUCUUCAGGUUUUAGGAGCAUUGUGUGUACAUAAAUAUAAAAUGUUUGAACCAGGCUUAUGUACAGUAGAAAGGAUUGUGUUUUACAGAAAUCUGAAAUACUGGUUCCAGGCUUGUGAAGAAAGGAUUGUGUGUACAGAAAUAUAAGGUACUGGUACCAAGCUUUUGUAGAGGGAAUUGUUAAAUACUGGUACCAGGCUUGUGUAUUCAGAAAUAUUAAAUACUGGUACCAAGAUUUUGUAGACAGGAUUGUGUGAAAUACUGGUAGAAAGGGUUGUGUAGAAAGGAUUUUAUGUUCUUCCAUUAGUGAAAGUUUUGGAGUCAUUUACUUCUGAUUUUGGCUUGUGACUUCCAAAAGUUAACCUUUUUCCUUCUUUACAUAUAUAAUGUGGCUUCCAGUGUUAGACAUUUUGCAGUCUCUGACUUCCAAAUUUUUGGACUUAAUAGGAGCCCUGUUGGUACCAGGAUUGUGUAAGUUAAGAUUGUGUGAACAUAUAUAUGAAAUGACAGUGCCUGUUACAGGUUUGUGUAAGAAGGAUUUUUUGUACAGAAAUAUAAAAUGCUUAUAAGUACUUGUUUCAGAUUUGUAUUGAAAGGAUUGUAUGUACAGAAAUAUGAAAUGUUGAAAUAUAUAGUACUGCUAUCAGGCUUGUGUAUGCAGAAAUCUGGUACCAGGCUUCUAUAGUAGGAAUGCUGAUAAGUGCUGGCACCAGGUUUAAGUAGCAUGGAUUGUGCAUGCUGAUAUAUAAAAUGCUGAGAGGUCUAUAUUAGCACAGGUCAGUGUAUGUAACAAAACAUGUAUAUGUGGCUGUAUACAUGGUAUAGUGUAUAAUUAAUUUAUAUGUUUAUUAUUUAAUGUUAAACGUCACAUUGUCUGUGAUAUGAUUUCUUUUUAUAAAUGUGAUAUAAUGAUUAAUUGUUAAAAUUAUUAGAUAUACUCUAAGACAUCAGAAAAAUGUGAUAAGACAAUACUGGUAUUACAAUUAAGACACUGUAAUUAUGACUGAUUCUAUUAACAAGUGCAAUAUAGAUACUGCCAUACUUACUUCCACGGAUAAAAAUGAUAAUUAUAGUAUGUCUAUGUACAGGUUUCUUGGGAGUUUUUUUUAUAAAUGUUGUAUUAUUUAUAUAAAUAGAAGUACACUAUUAUUGUCAACUACUAUCACUUCAGGGCCCACUGUCAUCCAUGUAGGGACACAAUUUUAUCUAUAUUUCUUCUCACUGAUUUGAUGUUUAUAGAACUUCAAAUGCAAUAUUGGUUAAUGGCCUUGUGUAUAUAAUUCAGGAAUGUGAGCUCUUUUACUUCACUGGAAGACUUUUUUUCCUUCUUUUUUUAAAAUAUAUCUAUUGAAAUACAUGUAUUAGUUAAUUUAGAAUGUAUAUUUCCACAUUUUUAUAAGCUCUUGUUUGUUUGUUGAAGUUACAAAAUUGUAUAUAAAUGUAUCAACAAAAAUAGUGCAAAUGGAAACCUUGGACGUGCAAAUGGAAACCUUGCACAAAAUUAGCUUUAUAAAAAAUAGAUGUAUAUUUUAUCAUUUAUCUUAUUUAGAUGAAGUAAAGAUGUGAACAUCAUAUAAAUAAUAAAAAUUAUGUGGAAAUAGUACUAAUAUGAAAGUUUUGUGUCACUGGUUGACUUAUUUAUAUAUUGUUUGCAUAGUUAUUGUUUAAAACAAAUAUACAAAUCAAUAUGAAUGACCUGUUGACCAGUGAAAUAUUAAAAUAGAGUGUGUACUAGUUUAUUAGAAAUAACAACUGUGAUUUGUGUAUAUAGUUUCAGUAAUUACUUUGAAAUCUGUCUCAUUUGUCAUGUUAUUGAGCACAGAUGUAUAACUGGUGGAAUACAGAUCAAUGUAUAACUAGAGUAUAGAUGUAUAACUGGGGUGCAGAUGUAAAAUAUAUUACAAGUGGAAUACUGAUGUAUUGCUGGUGGAAUACAGAUGUAUUAUUGGAGUACAGAUGUAUUUCUGGAGUAUUGAUGUAUUACUGUAGGAGUAGGCCUACAGAUGUAUUACUGUAGGAUUACAGAUGUAUAACUGGUGGAAUACUGAUGUAUUACUGGAGUACAGAUGUAUUUCUGGAGAACAGAUGUAUUACUGUUUGAGCACUGAUGUAUUACUGGUGUACAGAUGUAUUUCUGGUCUACAGAUGUAUUACAAGAGUUAAUUUGCUUUACUAGUGUGGUACAGAUGUGUUAAUGUAUGAUAGAUGUAUUACUGUAGUACAGAUGUAUAACUAAAGUACAGAUGUAUCACUAGUUGAGCACAUAUGUACUACUGGCAGAAUACAUGUACAUAUGUUUUACUUGGGAACUACAGAUGUAUUUUUUGUAAGAGUACAUAUGAAUUAUUGGUGGGGUACAGAUGUAUUAUUUGAGUGUAUGUGUACUUGUGUAGAAUUUAUGUUUUUAAAACAUACAUUGUAUAUAAGGUUUGAUUGGAGUACAUUUGAUUUAAAACUAUUAUUGUUUUAAAGAUUUAGAAUUGGAGUGCAGAUGUAUUGUAAGAUAGAUAGAGUAGAUGACUUAUACAUUAUUAAAGUACAUAUGUAUUAUUGGACUAUAAAGGUAUUUACAAGCAUUAUAUGUAUGGCUUUAUGAGUUUAUUAGAGUACAAAUGUAAUACUGGAUGUAUGUAAAGCUAGCUAUAUGAAAGUUUGAAAUUUACGUACAUUUGUAUUUCAUUUGCUAGUCACACAUAUUGUAUUUAAAUGACCUGUAUUUCUUUACAAUUGUUAAUAUGUUCAUUUUUGUCACUGUUGACUAAUAAAAUUGAAAACAUUA